AUGGAGGAUGCGGAGCAGGAGGUGGCAUCGCAAGCGUCUGGUACGUCACUUUCGGAUAGUGAACCAGAGGCGGUCGCCCUGGACUCAGGCAAACUCAGAGCGCUGAAAGUGCAAGUGAAGUCGGACUUCACCAACGCGAGAAGGACCCUGAUCGUCGAUCUCCGUCGGGUCAGUUCCGGUGAGUUGUCAUUUGAUCAGGUAGCAAGCUCACCCGUGUUGACUGAGUGUUACGAACGAGCUGCAUCCGUAAUUGCCGAGCUCGUUAGUGUUUACACCACGGAGGAUAACAAUAGUCAGGCAGAGAAGAUGUUGAGAGAACUUGAGAAGUUGCAAGAAGAAUAUGCAGAGGCAUCGGCCAUGAUUGUUGAGUAUGGCAGAGGCGCAGUAGAAGACCCUGUCCCUAGAUCUAGGAGGCUGUAUGCAGCACCUCACGAUAGUUCGCAUGACGAAAGGUCAAUUCAGUUUCAAGAUAGUAGAUACGACGCACGCACACGUGGGGCUAGCCCGUAUUUACCGUUACAGAGACGAUCGCUGAACUCGCGUCAGCUUUCGCAGAGCCUGAGUGAUUUAUCCAUUCAGGGACCCCGAGAUGCCGUGAACGUAGCUGCCGCCAUUCACGAGGAGCACCACGCACCAGUUCAGGGAUGGCCGCAAGCUAGUGAUGAAAGGCGAACGCCAACCGGCCUGAGCGCGGAUGGGGGAGAUCAAACGAAAGAAAUCCAAAUCUCCUCAGAGCACGAACAGCAGUCUCAGAGAGAAGUCCCGCAGGUCACGCAGACAGCAGUGGCAGCUCCGCCACCCGCCACGAGUUCGUGUGUCGUACCGCAAACCUCGUCAGUUGCAGGACUCGUGGUGGCGCCGACCGCCUCAAGUGCAACAUCCGCUACGAAGACGCAAGCUCCGCGCCAACCACGCGGUGCAGCAGAAGUCACAACACGUGCGACCGCGAGCACUUCGUAUAGUGCACAAUCUAGCAGUGCAAGUCGGCCUGCCGCGGGCAGGCAGCAUCAGGCAAGUCAGGGCAUCGCAGCCCACGCAUCGCAGGCAUCGAAAGUGAGGUCGACGCAUUCACAGCCUGCCACUCGGCAGCACUUGACCAGUGCAAGUGCAUUUUCUAUGCCAAGGAUCUACCCUACCCCUAGUGCGAAUCCUGCAUCUGCUAGUGCAAGCUACAUAUACAGCAGUAGUAGUUAUGGUGCUAACAGCUACAGUGCCAUGCCAAGUAUGCAAUUCAGUAGUCCCAACCAGUAUGGAACACAGCAACCUAUGUGGACAGGCAACAACAUCACGCAGCCUAGCUAUGCAACCUAUAGCAACGUCCCACAAAUGGUCGCACAGACACCAAGCAUGACAACUCAGCAUGGUCUAGCCUUACCUGCUGCAGAGUCCACCACCAUGCCACAACCGCAGAGUGCACUGACGGCACCUCACCAACCGGAACCAUGGCGUCAGCUGAAGCAGAUCGGCAUUCCGACAUUCAACGGCGACAAAAGAAAAUUCGAGUCUUGGCGUGCGGCGUUCAUGGCAUGCAUAGACGCAUCUCCGGCAGCACCAGAGUACAAGCUACUGCAACUCAGGCAGUACCUAGUCGGCGACCCACUGGACUCCAUCGAUAGCUUAGGCUAUUCCCCUGCUGCGUACGAGGCCGCCAAAGCGCUACUGGUCAGGAAGUAUGGCGGAGAACGCAGGCGUGUCGCGAUCCACGUAGAAGAAAUCGAGCAGUUCGGUAAGGUUGGCUACAACAGAGCGUCCGAGUUCGAGAAAUUCACGGAGCUCCUCGAGGUAGUAGUCAUCAACCUGAAAGACAGCGGCCGGGCCGCAGAACUGGAGGCUGGUACGUUCUACCAGAAGCUCCUCCGUAAGUUCGACGAACGUGUGCUUGCACAGUACCAUCGAUGGCGGUAUGAUCGGCAAGUAGAAGAGUCCGUCGAAGCCCUGCUCGAAUGGGCACGAGUAGAAUCAGAGCUAAUGAUGAUCUCGGCAGAAACGGUGAGCGGCGUAGCAGUAAAAACCACGCCCCAACAGCAGCAACCACCCCGAGAUAACCGGUUCCAGAGGCGUAGUGCUCCGCCUAGUCGCAACCACGCAUAUCAUGCUCAACAGAAGAGCGACGUCAACUGUGCAGUAUGCAAAGGCGCACAUCCCCUGUGGAAGUGUGCGGCAUUUAAGGUCAUGUCGGUCAAUCAGCGUUGGCGGCUCGCCAAGCAGAGCAACGCGUGCUUCCGGUGCUUGGGCAGUGGCCAUGCUGGCAAGGACUGCCCCCGUGAUCGUGAGUGCCCGGUUAGUGGAUGCAUCAAACAUCACCACCCGCUGCUCCAUGGCAGCAAUGUUACCGGCGGCGCACAGCCAACUCCGGAAGCUGAGAAGCCCGUACCCCAGACAUCACUGGUCACGACUGUCACAGAGGGGGAGCCAGAAGCAGCGACACAUGUGGCACAAGGGCGCCGGACGGACCGUGUAGCUCUACGGACAAUCCCGGUGACACUGUGCAACGGUCAGCAGUCAGUGACUGUCAACGCUUUGCUGGACGAUGCCAGCACUGUGACGUAUGUGCACACUAGUAUCGCCACUCGACUCGGUUUGAGUGGCAAACGCCAACGGACGACGGUCAGCACGCUCAAUGGCAAACUGGAGACGUUCGAGACUAUGCCAGUAGACAUCGAGCUGAGGAGUGUUGAUGGCAACUUGAAGCAGACGAUCACGGCGUACACCACCGACAAAUCCGUGACUGGCGACCUUCGCGCAGUCGACUGGCUAGAAGAGGCUAGUAACUACCCGCACCUGAGGGAGAUUCCGUUCCCAGCGGUGGGAGAACACGACACUGUAGAUAUGCUGAUCGGCAGUGACCAAGUCCAGCUGCACGUAUCGACGCGUGACGUCAUUGGUGAACCUGGGCAACCUGUCGCUAGGUUAACACCGCUCGGAUGGACCUGCGUAGGGAAGCUCAGAGCACCCAACUCCAAGCAGACGCAGGGCCCACAGCCCAACCGUUCGUACUACGUCGGUGGAGACAAGUCAAUUGCAGGAGUCGAGCAAGCCCUGCAACAGUUCUGGAAGGUCGACAGCUGUGGCGUCGAGACGGACAAUGCGGCUCCAGGACCAACAUCGGCAGACGAGGCCGCAGCGGUGAAAUUAGUGGAAGACUCCACGCGGCUAGUAGACGGCCGGUAUGAAGUAUCGAUACCAUGGAACAGUCGUAAGGCGGAGUUAGUCAACAACGUUGAUAUGGCGACUAAGCGGCUGGAGUCAACACGUCGACGACUGCAACGUGAACCGCAAGUAGCCCGAGCAUACGCCAGAGUGAUCCAAGAUUACCUCGAGAAAGGAUACAUCACCGACGUCACUGACGAAGCGCCUACCGACCAAUGCUGGUAUCUGCCACACUUCGCCAUUGUGCGGCCACAGAAGACGACAACUAAGGUCCGGAUUGUGUUUGACGCAGCCGCCUCCUACCACGGCAUCUCACUUAACGACGCCAUCCACGCCGGCCCGAAGUUGCAGCGAGACCUUUGCGAUGUUCUCACCCGGUUCCGAAGAAAGCCCAUCGCCGUUGCCUGCGACGUAGCAGAGAUGUAUCUGCAAGUUUCAAUACGCCCCGAGGACAGGCCGUACCACCGCUUUUUGUGGCAGGACCCGGCCUCCGAUGGUCCGGUCAAGAAGUACCAGUUCAACCGCUUAGUCUUCGGUGUAAACACGUCGCCAUUCUUGGCUCA